UAUGAACUUUUGUAAAAUACUUUUCAAAUUUGUAUUUUAUAAACCAAAAUAUUAAAUAAAGCUUAAACUUUUAACUUAUUUUUAAAUUAAUCAAAAUCCCUGCUGUAUUAUAUCUAUAGAUAUGAAUGGUUGUUUAAGCAAAACUGAUUAAGUACUGCCCUUAUAAAUGAAUGCUUAUUCAAGUUGGCUGAGAAAUAAAUAAAUGAAGGGAUAUUUGUGUGUGAUACAGGAAAAUGAAUGAAUGGUCAGUUAAGUAACACUGAGUAGUGUAUGUCCCAAUUAUAUUUUCUAGAAAUAUUUUUUCGCCUUUUGGUAUAUUAUAUUGAUAUCAAUGUUGAAAUUGUUGGUUUCAUCUUUUUUUUUUUAAAUUAAAAAACAAAGUUUUUUAAGAGUUUUUUAAUCGUUUGUUAAUAAUAUCAAGUUGCAUUCGACAUCAAAUUGUCAUCAGCUGAUAUUAAUAAUGUAAAAGAAAGAACAUCUUGAAAGUACAUGGCAUGUGCUUACGAGGACUUAGAUGAAGGAACAGUUAAACACAGACUAGAACAACUUCGAAAAAGAGGCAGGUUUUCGCUUAAAAAAGAUUCGAUUUACAAAAAAAUACAUAAUAAAAUUGAAGCUUCAAAUUAUGAUCUAGAUAAACAAUUUUUUCAAGGUCCCACAGGAAAAAAUAUUGUUAAUAGUUCGUAUUAUUUGUACCCUAACCGAUCUCGAAACGAACCCGAUCUCAAUAUAAAUGAACAAAACAGUUACUUUUUCAAAAAAAAAAUCAGUUAUGAAAAGCCCAUUUAUCCUGCUAAAGGUUAUUCUAAAUAUAAUUCUUCUAAAGAAUUCUUAGAAAAUGUAGACGGGUACGUAAUUAAGCGUAAUUUAAUCAGCAGAAGCUUAUCUGCUGAUGAUCUUGACAAAGCUUUAAAUCGUCAAAGCAAUUUCAUAUCCUCGUACAACGACUCUUUGGCAGAGCUUCCAAUGAAAUCAUUUAUUGUAAAACAUCAAAUCCCUUGGCACUCCGUAACGCGGUGCUAUUAUUGUGGUAAUAAUGCAUUUUCAAGCGAUCAAAUUACGGUAGGUAAUAACACGUGGCAUAAAUGGUGUUUGAAGUGCGACCAAUGUUUAGUAACGUUGUCCUCAGAAAAAGAUGUGACAUUUUAUAAAGAUGUAAUUUACUGUGUGCAUUGUUACAGUGAUAUAAUUACCUCAUUAAACAAAAUUGGUCGCUUUAAUAGCUUGCAAACGAACAUAGAGAGUAAAAAUGAAUUUGUAAAAUAUCCGCUCAGAAGUAGCCACCAUAAACCCCUAAAUAAUGCAUUAACUUCUUUGGUAUCUAAUAAAAUAACUUACAAUAAACCAGAACAUGUAUUUAAACAUAACUCAGAUCUGCCUUACUUACUCCAAACUACAACUGUGCCCAGGCAACAAUAUCCAAGUAAAAGCAUACUAAAAAAUAAUCGCUUAUUGAGCCCAAAAAAUAUUGAAAUUACAUUUUCUAAUGUAAUGUUUUCUGAUGGUUUUACAAGUAAACAUAUUGGUGAUGACGUUGAGAAUUAUAUUGACGACGUUGAGAAUGAGUUUAAUGAUUAUAAUAGAAAACUAAAAAAAAAUGCGCCUAAUAACACAGUACGACAAAAUGAAAACAACGUUUUUAUUAACAUGCGUAACAGAUUAAAAAAUAAAUCUUACUCCACUGAAAAUCUAGAAAGUUCAUAUUCCGCUUCUUAUAAUUAUGUACUUGAGUCUGCGUGCAAAGCUUGGAUUGAAAAAAAUGCUCCUCUAAACCCUCCUUUAACAAUCCGCCAUUCAUCUUAUGUUGAUAAAAAUAGUCUUGUGCCGAGUUAUUACGAGUACGGAACAUUAAAAUUGAAAAAAAAGUUAGCACAUAAAAAUGAAAACAAUUAUUCCGAUAAUAACAAGUCAACAAAAGUUACAAACAUGAAUAACAAUAAUGAAAAUGAAAACAUGAAAAGCCAUAAUGAAAUAUGUAAGGAAUCAAAAACAAGCGUUAUCAAUGAUACCACAAAAAAAGAAGAUUCAAAAACAAUCACAAUCAAAGAAAUCGCAAACAGUAUCAACAAUAAUGGUACCAACGAUAACGUUAUCGAUAUGAACAAUAUUGACGUAAAAACUCAGCGUAGUGCAAUAAAUAUUGAACGAGAAAAAUCGGAUGAAGUUUUAGAAAAAGAGAAUAAAAUAACAGAUGAUUUGAUAAAUGAUUCACAGACUUUACUCAUUCAUAAGGAGACUGAAAAAGAAAAUAGUCCAUAUACAAACACCGAUACAGACGCCUCUAACUUCUACACAGACGUCUCAAACAAGAUAACACAUACACCUCAGUAUCCGUUAGAAUAUAUUAAUAAUAACCGCAUUAAAGUUUUAGAUCAAAACACAGAAAAUCAUAACGAAAAAAAUUCACAAGAUAAUAUUUCAGAAUUUAUUCAUCAAGAGGGUUUGAAAGAUGUUAUCUUUGUAGAAAACAAUCAUACCGAGAUUAAUACCACAGCAAAUUCUUUAGAAUUAGAAAACAAUCAUACCGAGAAUAAUACAACAGCAAACUCUUUAGUAUUAGAAAACAAUGUUUCAUUUGAAAAGCAAAAAGUUUACGAGAAUAAAAAUGAAAUUUCUAACAUAUAUGCCGAAUCUUUAAACAAAGAUUUAAAUUUAAUGGAAUCUUUAAAUAAAAACAGUAUCAAGACAUUUUUUUCAGAAAAAAAUGAAGUUAAAAUGAUAAAAAACAAGAAGGGAGAAAGGUUCAUAAUACAGUUUGAAUCAGAUCCCCCUGUCAAGAAGAUUCCUUCAAAUAUUUUAGACAACACAAAAAACCAACAAAUCAGAAUUAUUAAAAACCAACCAAUCAGCAUCAUAAAAAGUCAAGAAAUCAAUAACCCAGAGGUAAUCUAUCCAAUUACUGAGACUAACUUAUAUCAAUCAAAAAACGAAUUUUAUUCAACGAAACUAAAAAGUCAAAGCCAAAUUAAUAAAACUUAUUCAGAAAAUGUGGAAAUCGAUAAAGAAGCUAAAAAAUUUUGUAAUGAUAAAAACAAAAAUCAUAGUUUACAAAACAAUCAACAUAAAAAUGAUUGCAUCCAAGAACAAAAGUUACCUCGCAGGACUAAAUUUUUAAUUUCUAUAAAAAAAAAGUUUUCUAAAAAGUGAAUGUAGUUUUUUGUCAAAAAUAGUUUUUGUCAUUCAUUGUUGA